AUGGACAUGAACCUCUAUGAAGCCAUCAAAGGACGAAGGCAUUAUUUGCCAGAACAAAAAGUAAAACACUACAUGUACGAGAUGCUGAAGGCAUUGGACCACAUGCAUCGAAACGGCAUUUUUCAUCGAGAUGUGAAGCCAGAAAAUCUGCUGCUGCUCGACGAUGAGAUCAAGCUGGCAGACUUGGGCAGUUGCCGUGGCAUCUACUCUCGCCAGCCGUUCACAGAGUACAUCUCCACCAGGUGGUACCGUGCACCGGAAUGCCUGCUGACGGAUGGAUACUAUAAUUUCAAGAUGGAUCUUUUUGCAGCUGGUUGCGUUUGUUUUGAGAUCGUGGCUUUGUUCCCUCUCUUCCCUGGACAAAAUGAGAUGGAUCAGAUUCAGAAAAUCCACAACGUGCUGGGCACUCCUCCCGCCGAGCUUCUCGCAAGGAAGUUCCGGCGCAACGCCUCCCACAUGGAUUUCAACUUCCCCGAGAAGAAGGGCACCGGCAUCGAGCGGCUGAUCCCUCAUGCCGACCCGGAGCUCGUCGAGCUCAUGAAAAAGCUAGUGAGGCAGCAGCUGUUGGCCUCUUUGGGCUGUCAGCGCAUCAAGUCCUGUAGACAAGACCAACAUGGCAAUUACGUACGGUGA